GUCGGGGCUCGACGAAGCGAGAUCCGCAGUCGCAAAUUCGGCCUCCCUUGUAAAAGAGAGGCAUCGGAGACAGAGACAAGAUCCAUACGACAUUACCACGAUUCACAGGAGCACAAAAUGGGAAAGAAGCGCUCAAGAGAAACCGACGGGCAGGGGGACGUCAGCAUGGCCGACCCGGCCGUGGACAAGAAAGACGAUGAUAGCUCGGACGACGAGGAGGACAUGGACAUUGUCAACGUAGACUUUGAGCUGUUCAACUAUGACCCUCAAAUCGACUUCCACGGCGUCAAGACCCUCCUCCGGCAACUCCUGGACGUCGACGCCCAGCUCUUCGACCUCUCCAGCCUCAGCGACCUCAUCAUCGAGCAGAACACGAUCGGGUCGACCUGCAAAGUUGACGACAAGGCCAACGACGCCUACGCCUUCCUCACCGUGCUCAACCUACAGGUGCACCGCGACAAGAAGCCGGUCGCGCAGCUGAUCGAGUACCUGGCGGAGCGGGCCAGGAGCGACGAGAGCCUGGCCGCCGUCGUGCCGGAGCUGCUGGCGUCGGACAAGCACGUGGGGCUGGUGCUGGCGGAGCGGCUGCUCAACAUGCCGGCCGAGGUGAUCCCGCCCAUGUGGACGUGCCUGAUCGACGAGAUCGAGGCGGCCGUCGAGGACAAGGAGCCGUAUGAGUUCACGCACUACCUGGUCGUGUCGCGCGCCUACCGCGAGGUGGAGUCGACCCUGGACCAGACCGAGCGAAAGCCGAAGAAGGCGCGGGAGGUGGCCGAGCUGCAGUACUUCCACCCGGAGGAUGAGGAGAUGCGCAAGCACGCGCUCGCGUCCGGGACGUACGAGUACGUCAAGGAGGGCGAGUUCGUCGCGGACAGCAAGCGGGCUUUCCAGGAGAUGGGGAUUAAGUCGUGCGGGUUGAUAAUGCUGAUCGAGGCGAGCAAGUUCUCGGGCGCUGUGCAGGCCAUCACCGAGUACGUUGGCACCGCGACAUAGGACACGAGCCGGGCGGCGGCGGCGGGACACAAGAAGGAACACAAGAAGGAACGGAUUGGGCCAAGCCAACCACAAAAAGAAACGAAACAAACAAGAAAGAAAGAACAGCUUUCCUCUAAAGACAUCAUCAUUCCACCGGCUCCAGCCUCUGCAUCAGGUACUCGACCUCGACCUCUUUUGUCAGAGGGAUGACAAAAUCCUCGUACAUAGCCACGACGGCAUCCACGUUGAUCUUGCUCUGAUCCCACCCGUUGGCGCCCAACGAAGGGUCGGUCCCGUACGUCUGCGCCUUGAGCUUUAGCCUCUCCAACACCUUCUUCUCAACCGCCUUGUUCGUAAUCGCCUCGCCGAUCCCGUCCCUGUCGCCGGCGCGGAUCAGGCGGGUGAACUUGUCCGUCUCGGACCGGAACUUGGACUCGGCAACGAAUUUGCCAAAGUGGAUGCGCCUCGACAGGGCCUGCAGGCAGGCAAUGUCGCACGUCGCCGACGAGCCGUAGUUCUCUUGCGAGACGCCCCGGUCCCCGUGGCCAAAGUCCGGGCACACCUUGGGCAAGAACUUCUCGAUGUAGAACUCCUUGAUCUUGUCGUUGACGUUGACCUUGUUCGGGUGGAGGAUCCGCGGGUAGCGGAGCGAGGGCAGGAUAGGCUUCUGCACAGCGUCCGGGAAGAAGGGGACCUCGUCCGGGGACUCGUAGCGGCGGAUCAGCGACUGGAGCUUCUCCUGCUCCCUCAAAUACCAGUCCAUGAAGCUCAGCUCGCUGUCGGGUAUGGGCACAGCCCCGGGCGUGUAGAUGUUCCUGUUGAGCGGGAACUGCACGCGCUCAAUCAGAUGGAAGGUGAUGGUGUCCUCCAGCCGGAUCAGCUGGAACCGGAUGCGCGACAGGUCCAGGGCCUUGGAUGGCUCCGAGAGGUCGAUUAGCGAGUCCAUGGCGACAGUGGGCUUUGGAU